AGAGACAGAGAGAGAGAGAAUGAGCAACAACAACUCGAAUUCAAGUCCGACUAAUUCAGUUCGUAAAGAAUAAUCCACCGUCUCAAAAGUGAAUGAAGUGAAUCUAGUUGAAGUAGUGAAAAAUUUUAAUCCGUCACGCAGGAAGUUGGAUAACAAACAGUCAGUCAGUCAAUAAGUGAAACAUGAUUCGGAUUCGCAAACACCACAACGUCUGAAACGCAUUGGAAUAAUCGACGUCAUGAAAUUGCUAGACAUCCAUCUUGGUUCUUUGACUUUGCUGAUUGUGAUUCUAAUCCAGGUUGUUGUUUUCGGAGAGGAUCGAGUGCUCUUUCCAGGAUCUGGGUCCUUGUUGCCCAAUCCAGAGCCUUGUGACAAGAACGAGUACGUUUGCGGAGAUGAUGAGAAUCGAUACCCAUCCAAAGAUAUUUUGAAUCUCGUGGAAGAAAGUGUGGCACUAACCCAAUCUGAGCAAACAAGAGCCAAAUUUUUCCCGGAACCUCAGGACUCCCCAAUUGUGGUUCGAAGUGGCAGCAUCGCCAAUGAUGACCUCCGAGCGUGUGCGUCAAGGACGGAAACAGUUCCCAGAUACGCCAGAGCCAAGAACAUAGAAGGCAAUUGGAAAUAUUUGGUACAGCGGCCCAAUGGAGAUGUUCAACAAGUAGAGAUUACUGUCUGCGCCAAUCCAAAUGCAGUGUGUUUGAAUAGCUUGGACUCCCCGGAUGGACCCAAUUCAGUCACAUGUAGACAACUGUAUCGAAACCAGAAACUUUUAGCGGUCAACGCAUCUGGAUUGGUGGAGGUGGACACGUUCCAGUUGCCCUCAGCUUGCGUUUGCAACCAUCAGCUCGAUCACUUUGUCCGGUCCGGUUUACCAAGUGCUCCAAAUGUCCCUAAUGGUCCAGACGGCCAAGAGUGUAAUAAAAUAUCAGACCUCUUGGAUGACAGAACGGCUAGAAGAGCUGUUCAAAGGCCCGCUCGCUUGGUGAUCGUUCGCACCCCAUUUCAAAAGCAUCUGGCGAAAUUGGCUGCGCGAAGACGAAACGUUUUUCAAAUCCAAAGAUUGACCGGCAACUCCAAGGUCAAAACCAUUCGGUCUCCCGAUGAGGAAGGUCGCUUUGAAUUUAGCAAUGGGGAUGCUUCUUCAGAUGGCUUGAGUUUCCCAGAUUAUCUAGUAGAGACUCCAGAGGACUACCAAGAGUCUGCCACGGUUCAGGAGUUAGAAACAUUAAACCCCUUGCCUUGUCGAGAUGGCCUCAUUAUUUGCGAGGAGGAUCCAGAUUAUCCCACAGAUCUGGUCCGUCAAUCCUUGGCUCGAAAUAAUCUCCUGCGUUUGGCCGGGUUCUUCGAGAAAAUUUUCAAUGGAGCUUGCGAGAAGAUAUCCGAAUCAGACCUGGACCUUCGGACUCGGUCCUUUAAUUUAGGAGAAGAGCCUUUGUGUCGAUCCACUUUGAAAUACAUUUUUCCAAAGAAGGCUGAAAAUAUGGAAGGCAAAACGGUGAUCAUCAUAAACACGGACGAAUACCAACAAGGAGUGACAGUCGCAGAGUGCCUUUCGUAUGUCCAAGGAAAGUAUCAAUGAAUUUUGGUUACCCUG